AUGAAUUCUCGGACGGAUAAAUCGAUAAGUAUUAAGAUAACAAUUUUAACUUUAACAUUGUUCGCGUGUUUUUUUCCCACCCAAAAUCAAACGGUUAUCCCUAGGACCGGUCACAAGCUCAACAACGAUCCUUCAGGUAAUAUUAUUAUAUAAUUAUAUUAAUAUAAUUAUUACUUUUAAAUCUUUUUAAAUAUAAUGUACGUAAUCAAUAUAAUACUAAGAUAGUAUUAAGGAUAUAUAAAGGAUUUAUAUUUAUUAACAUAGCCAUAUAUAAGGUACAUUUUUAUGUAAUUUUACACUCCUGGUCUAAUAUUUCGUCGGUUUAAAACCAGAAAGUUUAUCAUAGCGUGUUACAUUAUUUUAGAAGAACGAAAUAACACACUAUAUUUCUACAGGUAUAUAGAUAGAAACAAACGGUUCUUGAUGUCGACUUAAUAAGUGAAGGUUAAAAAACCUCCUCCCGUCAAAACAAAAUAAUAAAGUACUUAAAAUAUGAAAAUAAAAACAUAUAUAUAUAGAACCUCUUUUGUCUUUUAGCUGACGAUUUAUCUUAUGGAAAACAGCAGUCACAAACUGCUUCUGUAAUUCCAGUAAAUGAAACAAAAUAUUAAAAUAAUAGUUACAAUAAAAAUAAUUUUGUCUUAAUAAUAUUUGCUUUAUAGGUGAUUUACUAAUUUCGAAUUUUUACUAAUGAUAUCACACACACACGCUCGCGUGUUCUAAUAGUUAAUAAAUACAUAUAAGGAAUAGGUAACUACUUGUACAUCUGCAUGCCAAAUAGUGUAUUAGCAUUUCGUUUGGUUGAAUCUAAUUCACUAUGAAUCUUUUAGUACCUAGGUCUAAGUUCUAAUCUACACAUUAAAUUCUAAGAUCGUCCAGAUAUUUCAAAAUCGAAUGGCUCGUAUAAUAGGUACCUAUAAUAGCUCUACAUUUUGUUUCUUCAAAAAUAUUAUAAAUUAUUCAUAUAAUAUUGUUAUUUAGUUGUAUUGCAUUGAAAUCUUUUAAUCAUAUAGCCGUCGUAGUGAUAAAUUAAGACAGAAAAAAAUCAUUUACCGAAUUAUUCAGCUUUCUCUCGUCCAUAAAAAUUAUAUUCAACUUUACUUUCUUUAUAAAAUAAUAAUAUACCUUCUUAACCAAUGUGUACAUUAUAUAUCUUUAAAUAUUAGUCUAAAUAUUAAAUUGGUUAACACUCGUUAUUACAACGCCAAAUUAUAUAUUAACUGCAUAGUUUAUAAUCGUGAAUACCUAUAUUUUAUUAAAUUUAAUACAGUAUAUUAUAGAAUCGGCAGUAUACAGUUUACAUAAAAGUAGAAAUUAAAUUAACAUAUGUGUAAUAGGAAAUGCAAAUCAAAUGCUAACGAGAUUUGUAUCCUUAUGAUAUUGAUAUUUUUGUUUUGUUUUUUUUUUUUUUUAAUUUAUUAAGUGCCUAAAAAAUCGUUAACGGUCCAAGGAUAAAGAAUGUGAAGUAUUCAUUAAAAAUAGAUACACAGUUAAAAUAGAACUACAAACAAGCUGAUCAUAUUAGAAAUGAUUAUUUUGUUAUUCAUGUCUCUUAUUGUGGUCUAGGUCCUUGACAAAAUGUUAUUGAAAUAUUUUAUAUAAUUUCAUAGAAAGGAAAAGAUCUGUUCUGUUGUUUUUACGCAAACAAAGAACAAUAUGUAUUUAAACGGACUUAAUCGUUAAAAUAAUAAUAAUGAUAAUUGUAGAGAAAAUAACGAGUUUCGUUUUUAAAUUUUUACUUCGAUACAGCUGCUAGUCUACAGUGGCGACUGAACAUAUUGAAUAGCCAGCACACCGUUUUUUUUUCUUCUUGGACGUCGGAAUUCAUCAUAUAAAACCACUUGAGGGCAUGAAUACAUUUAUUUACUUAAGUCAUCGAGUAAUACACGUAUAAAACUUCCAUGCACAAUUAAAAAUUAACUAAUCAAAAUAUUGUUAGUUUAAUGUUAUAAUUACAAUAUUAUAAUAUCUUUUCACAUUCAUUGCGAGUAAUUUGACCUAUAGUAGUGUUGAAAUAACUUAUAAGAAAAAAUUAUAAAAAAAAUAUUUCUAUGUAUUCUACCUGAUUCUUUGAAUUUUCACUGAAUAUACAAUUUGGUUAAUUAAAUCGGUCCGACAUGAAAAAAUCAAAUAUAUUUAAAUGUUAAACUCCAGGAUAUUUUUUUUAUCGAAUAUAUUUGCAAGUUUCAAUUCGUAUUUAAUUGAAUAUAUGAACAAAUAGUAUAAUUUAGUAUUUAGUAUUAUUGAUAACAUUAUUCUUAUCAAUAAAACUGUCUAAUGAAAUUAUUUUAGGAUUUCUAAAUAUUUUAGAAAUUUUAGUAUCUAUAUUAUGCUCUCCGCUUAAAAAAAAAAAUGUUCGCGCCUUCGAAUUCGAAACCAUAAUAUUAUUAUUUUUUGAUGUUGCAAAUACAUUGCAGUGCGUAGACUGUAGAGCAUGCAUCUUUUUCUGUGUUGAGUGGGACGGUGUCAUACUAUACAUGCAACUUCCUGUAAACUGUAAAACAACAAGCUUUUUUUUUUACAUAUAUAUAUGUAUAUAUACCGGCUACCAAUGAGAAAUAUGAUACGCGAUCGUGCAUAGGUACCUUAAUACUUGUUAUAAAGUUAUUGUUAUUCUUACGGGGAGAGCUUAGGAUAAAAUAUAAUACACAGGUAGGUAUAUAAAACCUUUCCGCGUGUAAUUGAUGGGUGUCGUUACACAUGCAUCCUAGCGAAACUGUUUUAGCCUAUUAUAUUAUUAUACCACUAGCAAUACAAUAGACGCGAAACACUUUGUUCACUUUAACGUGCAACGUAUACGAUUACAUUACGUCAAUUUCAACAAUAAUUAUUGUCAUAGGUAUAUAAAGUACCGAAAAUAAUUUAUUAACAAACAUUUUAAUAACAAUAAAGCGAUUGUGGUACAAAGACAUGUUAUUAUGUGUUGUGGGUAGAUAGGUGGCUGCGUGGCUGGUGGUUUUUUUUUUUUUUUUAAUUCAAUUCAGUAGGUUAAUAAUUGAAUAUGCAGUCUUAUGAAAAUGCUUUGAUAUAUAUAUUUUUUUUUUUUCAAAUACUAUAAUACUAAUAUAUGUAUUGCCACUAUACGAGUAUAUUUGCGUAUAAAAAACUGUUCCAAGAACAAUCGAAAUAAUGUCGAAAACAUGUUAUUUUACAAAUACCCAAGAAUAGCAUGUACAAUGAAUGUGCGAAUACAUGCUAGUAUAUUUUUACGUUUUUAUUAAUUUCGUUCGUAUAAGGUUAUAAUAUUGUUAACCUCCAUUGGGUGGGUAUAACGACUGCGUGUAUUAUUCCUACAACUUGUGCAGUAUACUCUCUACGGGUAAUAGUUUGAACUUUUCGAACACCGCGCGCGCUCCGCAGCGGAACGCUUAAGAGGUAGCUAUUUAAAUAGUUUUUAAUAUACCAAACCAAAUACUAAAACAUACACGCGUAGUUAUUCAAUUGGGUAUUUUACAACACUUGUAAUAGGUAUGUAAAAUCGUUGGUGUGUGCGUGUCACGAAUCGGAGAUCGUCACCAAUAAGCACAAUAGUAACCGAUCCUUCGGCCGGUAGUUACCCUAGCUGUUUGAUUACCCAUAGGGUAUAUCAUAGGUUCUACCGAGAGUCGUACGAAAUGUGCGCUUCGGUCGCACUCCAACGGCAGCAUUUUAUCGGGGAGCGGACGAUUGUGUAAUGCGCGACAUUCAACCGGUAUCGGCGAAGAACCUCCUCGUGCACGAAUAUGUCUCCGUUGUAAAUAUAUAGGUAUGUCUGAACUCGCCGGGAGAAAGUGGUUAUUAAGUACUUUAUAUUAUACACGCGAAACCGUAAUUUUGUCGCCAAUCUCAUUUCCACCACAAACAAUGUCGUGGAAUUGUUUUAAAAAUACAAACAAAUAAUACAUAUCAAAUUUAAAAUAAUAACGCGCCUGCGAAUAUUGCGCCAUUAUUAUUAUUAUUAUUAUAUAGCUAAUAAUAUUGUCAUAAUAGCAUAAUGCCGGUCUCGUAGGUAUGGAAUGUCCAUAAUUCAAAAUGGUCGUUUUUUUUUUUUUUUUUUUUUUCAGUCUGUCAUAAAGCUUCGCAAUUCAAUUUAAUGGUUCUUCUAAAACUAUACGGCCAAUGUUACACAACGCUAUUAUUUUAUAAAAAUAUGAAAAAUAACAAUAAUAAUUCGGGUAGAGGUGUUUUAAUCUAACGUAUAUAAGACAUUUUUUUUGUAUACAUUUGUAUAAUGUUGAUUGUUGGCGUAUUGCAGUAGUAGAGAAAGUAUAUACCUAUGUAAUAUUAUCUAGUAAUAAUAUAUUUAUAAUAGGUUGGGCACUUUUGGUAACAAUGAAGAUUGCUUUUGCUGGCAAAAUAUAUAGUUAUUUUAUAGGACGAAGUGAUUCAAUUUAAUUUAACUUAUACCACGAUAUUGCGAUAGAAUUGAAAAUUAUAAUCAAAUACUUUGAUAAAGUACCCACACGUCCCACAUAACAGCAUAUUAUAACAGACAUUUGUUUUCAUAUUUUGGGCAUUAUGUCAUUAUAUCUUGAUUAUUCUUUGUAAUGGAAAAGAAAACCAACGAUCUGCAAUUCGUAUUUUUAAACGUGAUUUUAUACACUUUAAAAUUGACCAUCACGUUUUAUAUAGGCAUCGUAUUUACCUAAAGGCCUAAAUUAUAAGUCAAUUACACAUAUAUAAGACUUAAAUUAUACGUCAGUGGUUACCUAAAUAUUAUUAUAUUGGUAAUAUAUUACCUAAGAUAUAAUAAUAAUAAUCAUCAUUAUCAUUUUUAUUCAUUACGCAAUAAAUUAUUAUUUGGAAGGAUUUAUUCAACUUUGGCGUUAAUAAAAAAAAAAAAAAACAACCGCGUUCAUCUUCGGAAUUUUUUUACAGAUAAUUAAUGGUAUUUAUUCGUUCACAGUCGGUAAUAUUAUUCAUUUUUUUUUUUUUGUCGUUUACCUAUCUUAUAAAAACAUACCUAAUAAAUACCUAUAAUAGUGGGAUGCAAUUACACGAGAUUACAAUUUUAUAAAUUGUUUAAAAUCAAAACAUUUCAAUAACAUAAAAUUAUUAUUAAUAUGCUCGAUGGUAUUUUACGAAAAAUUAUAGUUAUUAGUUAGGUCAUUUAGGUUAAAUUGAUAGGUACAUAAUUCAUUUAAAUGUGAGGUCAUAACAUUUUAAGUCUUCUUUUUUUUUUUUCUGGCGUAAUUCAAUAUAUUAUAUUUUGUCUCCUUUCUCCGUAUUUCUAAACUUCAAAUAAAAAUUAUAAUAUUAUAAAUCAAACAUUUGCAUAAUACUUUGUAUACUGCAGACUGGAGGAGCGAAAUAUAUUAUUUUUAUAUAUCACUAUAAUAAACAAUGCCAAUAAAUGUAUGUUUUAUGUUAGGUUGUCCGGCUAGUGGCUACCGACUGUUAGACACGUUAAAUAAAUCCAGUAAAAUAAGGUAGGUAUACUUACCAAUUUGCCAAUAAGAGUUCAUCUAAAAAAAAUACAAGAUCGGGCAAAAUAAUGUAUUAUGAAUAAUUUGUAUUAUAGUACAAAGGCGCUUAAUUUAUUAAUUAAAAAAAAAGAAUUGGUAAGGCGUAGGAUCCAUGGUAAUUUAAUUUAUAUUUGUAAGCAUUGAUAAAUCAUUUUUAAUGAAAAACUAUUUUAUCACCACUAUAAAUACAACUUAAAGUAGAGGUAUACAUUUUUAAUGGACCAAAACAAUUUUAUCAACAUAAAAACUAAAAAAACUCGACAAAUUCAAAAUACUAAAAAUAGCCCUGAAAUGGCUACAAUGCUUUGAAAACUUCACGCCUUCUAAAAGGGCUAAUAAAAGUAUUCGGUGAAAACGUCAUGUUUAAAGAUUUGUUUUUACCAAACUACAAAAAAAAAAAAAAAAAAACAGAAUUGAAAAUGACUGAAAUUAAGUACAUUUAUUUCGUUUUUCCGGGUUUUACAAAUUAUGAAGAAAACUACAAGAAAAAUCAAAAAAUGACCUUCUCAAUGCACUACCUAUAUGUAUACACAAUUUUAUCAUAUACCACCUCUGAAUUUGAUGACUAGAACAAGAUUUCUAGUGGAAAAGUUGUUUGCCAAUAGAUUCCUCGCCCAGAAUCUCAAAUUAAAUUAACACCCCUCCCCCCUAACCCGUCAUGGAUAUGGCGUUAGCACCCACGCAAAUACAAAUACCUACCUAACUAUAGUUUAUAAUAAUUAAAAUAUGUUAUUCAAAUACAUAAUAAUACGCUUAUUAAACACAUUAUGCAAGUAUACAUUGUAAUAUAAUACAUUGAGGAAUGUGGACUGGUACGUUUUACAAUAAUAAUAAAUAAUGUAUUUCAAAAAGAAAUAUGGAGGCGUAGUUCUAUUUAUAAACUGAGUGAAUAAAAUAUAUUCACCUAGCUCAUACUGUAUAUUCAAUUAGUAGAAAAGUACUGGGUGUACAUUGCGCAGGGUGAUUUAGUUUAAAUCUUUUAUAGAAAAGUACCCGAUUUUUUUUUUUUUUACAAAAUUAAAUUUGAGUUUAUUAAUUUUUAACUGUAAAAUAAUUUCGAUGUUUUCUUGAUUUUUACGAGUUUCGUUAAACAUUGGAACUUAAACGCUUAAAUAAAAACAAAUCAAAAAUAGGACUCGAAUUUUUUUUGGCCAGGAAGAAUUUAAAUCAACUUGUAUGAUAAUCCACUUACCAAAUUUACGUGAUCAAAAUAUUUUACAAGGAACCAUUAUAUGAAUCGAAAAAAAAAGACUAAAAAGAACAUCGAUAAUUUUACAUAUUUUCUCACUCAAAAAAAAAAAUAAAUCUAUUCUGGUAUCUGGAUUUUAAUCAUAACGUACAUAUUUGUUAAAAAUUUCAAAAUAAAAUUGGAUUGACAAAAAUCGGCGUCGCUCAAGUAUUCACUGUUUUGGUGUUUCUCCCAUUAUCUAAGUAUUAUGUAAAAAAACAAGUAAACAUUUUGUAGCAGACAUUUUUUCCGAUAUCCAUAGUUGUAGAAUCACAGUGAUUCUUUGCCAUGCAGAGAAUCCUAAAUAUGCAAUAUAGCACGCAAUAUUUAAUAAUAAUAUAACAAUUACACUUUAGAGGAAAUGUCUAUAGUUUUCUUUAGUUAUCGAUAAUAUUUCUAUAACACACUGAUGCCAUGGCGAACGUAGAGACCAUAAAAUAUAAUAAUCUGAGAACUUAAACACGAAGAUUAUACAAUAUUAUACUAUUACAGUCACACUUGAUUUAUUACCCACACGGCCGCACUACUCAGUGAGUGUUAAAUGUUAAAUUAUACAACACAAACGGCUUUAAGAAAAUAUUUUAACUACGAUAUAAUGUUGAUAUUUGAAAGUUAUGAUUUAAUAACGAAUUUGAAAACAGCCAAUAUGCUGGAGUCAUAUUGGCAUAAUAAGUUGUGAAAAUAUAUUAAAAGAAAAAAAAAAACAUAAAAACUUCUUGUUUAAACCUUCAUAUAGGAUGUAUUUUCGAAAUUAAUAAUUUGCCACAAUGGUUCAAACGAAAAUGCCGGUGAGUGUUUUAUGUUGAUAGGUACUGUGUUUGGUUUACAGGCCGAUAAGCGUAUAUGUAAACUGGAAUCAAAUCGUCCAUAAUACAAAAGUUAAUCAAAUGUUUUACAUUCAUAGUUUGUGAGGCUGCUGAAGUUCUGAUAGACCAUUAACUGUUAAGUGUACGUUCAAGUUGUACCGUUAUCGUUAAACGUAACCACUAGAGUAACAAUAUUUUAAAUCGAAAAAAAUUACAAUUAUUUUUUACCUUUUAUAAUAAACAUCUUAACGAUAACAUUUUUCUACUUAUCUGCUGUCCGAUAUCAAUUUGAUAGGUAAGGGUACUACCGGUUUAACGGGAAAAUAUGACGUUUAAAACCAAUAAGCUGGAGUUAAAUUCAUCCACUACCACUCGCCUGAUAUUUUAAUUUUGAAAACAUCUAUAUUCUUUGAUUUUCUUAUAUUUGUUUUUUUAUUUAAUUAAUUGAUAAUUUAACCUUUUUUCUUAAAACGAACUCAUAGAUACUGAAAAUAGUUUUCCUCCAAAAUAUAGGAAAACAAACAAUACUUAUUCAAAUCAUUUUCAAAAUAGAAAUUGGAUUACUGGAUAUACUCGUAUUUAUUAUUCUUGAGGUUAUUAGUCUAAAUUUAUAAAAAAAAUUAAACACUUUCAACCGACUUAAAUAUUUCUUUUAUCCCACACUCUUGAAAUGGUAUAAAAUAUAUUUUCUGGUAGUUUAAUGUCGUCUGGUUAAUAUUUAGUGUUUGAAUUGGAAAAAUAAAAGAGGAUAUAGUCUCAUAGGAGACUUAAAAAAUUAUUGUUCCUUACAAUGAUUGAACUAAAAAAAAAAAGAAGAAAGACUGAGCGGUUAAAAGGAGAAGUAGAAAUAUGAACAGUUAUCGGUCAAUUUGUUGGUUUAUUCGUUUUAAUAAAUAAAAAUAAUAGGUAUACCUGUUUCACAUGGCUUAAAACUUAAAAGUAACAAUCGUUAUCGUGUUUUUUUAAUAAUGUACAAUUUAAGGUACAAAUUAGUGUUACAGUAGUUUACUUUUUGGUUAACAACUAUAAUGUUGUGUAAACAGUGCAGGUGACAAAACGAUAAUAAUUGGUAAAAAUCUUAAACGUUAACGAUUUUUUAAGUAUCUAGAUUGUUAACACCACGAAAAUGUGACUAUUCAAAUAAAUGUAAUGAACAUAAUAUUUUGCUGUAUUUUGACGAUUUUAGCAAAAAAAAAUGUCGAGUCAAAAAUACGCGUUUUCGAGAAAGCGAUAAAAACUUGUCUGUUCUUAAAUUUUUGUUUUUGAUUUAUUCGAAGAGCUAAUCUCGUAAAAACAAAUCCAUUUUCUUAUUUUCAUUAAAUUUUAACUACACAAUCAUUUUAUCGUUCUUUUAAAUAAUGACUUGAAAUGUCAAAUCAUUCGAAUCGUUAGUCAGUCAAUCAGUCACUACUCGCCUAAGUAUGAAUGACACAGAGUAACAUUUUGUAUUAUCUGACCGGAAUCUAUUGUAUCUUAUUAAAUAGCCUUGAAAUUACAUAUAAUAAAUUAAAAUACGUUAAAUAAAACAUUGAUAAAACUGGAAACUUAAGUCUUAAGAGGCUAAUAAGUUAUCCUUCUUUUCGAGUUUAUAUUUUCGAAUUCCAUUACAGCUUAGUAGUGUAUUACACCUAAUACACAAAAUAGUAAAAAAAAAAAAUCAAGUAUUUUAUUCGUAUGGAUAUCGAAAUAUUGUUUUCAUGCAUGUAUGUAUUAAUAGAUACGAUAAAAAAAAAAUCGAAACAUACCUUGGUAAUUGUAUAAAGUUAUGUAAUUGAUAGCUGCAGUUAUAUUAUGUUCGUCAACUUUCAAAAAAAAAAAAAAUAAUAAUAAUAACGCGUCGAAUUUUUUAGUCAUCGCGAUUAUGAUGUAUUAGAUGUCUAGUAGAUUUUUGAUAACAACUGAAAAAAAAAAUUUCAAUAUCUGUUCAAGAUUUAAACGGUAAAAUUAAUACUUACACUCUGCAACCAGCAUAUUACAUAACAGAACUCGUAACUCGUACAUAAUAAUGCAUCUCCUGUUCGGCUUUGUUUUACUGUACAACAUUUUUAACGUAAAAACAAUUUUAUUUUAUUUUAUCAACGGUCUUCGAUUUUAUUUUUUUAGGUAAAUAGAUAUCCAAAACUUACUAGUAUUUGUAAUUAAUUACUUCACGGUAUUCGUCUUGACGAUUUUUAAAAAAUCGUUUAAACGUUUGAAUAGCCGUAAACGACUUUUCAAUGUUGUGUAAAUAAACAGAAAAAGUUUCAUCGACACAUUUAAGGGGGUAUCGAAUUAUCAGUAUUUUAUAGAUCGCUUAUACAGAAAAUGACGUUUUUUGAGUAAUUAAAAUUCAUCGACUCAAAACGUUUCAAAUAAACGUACAACAGUAUAGUAUCUCGUGUCAUUGUCAGAAGUGCAUAUGUGCGUAUAUAUUAUAUUCCCUGUGUGAUUACGGAAUUUCUUUUGGAAAAACAUUUGCGUAAAACGUAAAAAGUAUGUACAGUGCACAUAUACUUUCUUUUUCAAUGCGAUUUCUAUACAGAGAAAAAAAAUACUCCCCCAAUUAUAAAACAGACAGAAUAUACGAUAUUUUGGAAACAAUGACAUACCUAUCUAUAUCCGUUUUGAAAUACCUUUAGCAUAAUAUUGUGCCGACAUAAAAACUAUGCAGAUUUCGCUAUAAUCUUUCUUUACAAAACGCGGUUUUACCGCGGAGUUUUUUUUUUUUUUAACCGUCUCCGCGAAACACGCGGUCUUCUUUCGAUUGUAUAAUACGGGUGUUUUUCCUACAUUCAGCCACUUUAAACACGAAUAUUUAUUAUUAUUGUUAGAUAUCGUUUCCGAUAGGAAAAUCGUGAUGAUGGGUGUAAUAUCGCGUCCCCUUAUAGGAGUAAAAGCGCGGUUAGGUUAGUCAUACCUAGGUACAAGGCCUUAUAUUACACAGGUACUCUCUCCCGCGUGUCACACUACACGACAUUGUAACAAUAUAUCGGGAGCGCGCAUGAACGGGGACUUAUAAAAUCUAUGUUAGACCGUGAAAAUGUUGGAUUCCAAAAUGCGAAAUCCGUUGAAAUCCGGACCGGACACGACAAUAAAACUUACGCGUAACGGCCUAAUUUUUUUUUUCAUUUUUGUCCGGUCAAGAUUUUUACGGAUUUCAAAUUUUGAAACGUCAUGUACACGUUUGCACAUGUUCAGGUUUUUAAACUCCGUGUCCUCGUCAUUUCCCACCAUGCGCGUAUGUAUUUACGUAAUAUCGAUGACGACACGGCAAAAGAGUCUAAGCCACACAGUUAAUAGUUUUUAGGAGAGUAAAAGAACAUUUUUUUGUGAUUAUAACUUUUUAUUUUUUUUUUUUUAGGUUGACAAUAAUUUUUUUCCGGUUAGAAUGGGAAUUUUUUUAAUGAGUACUUUCUUUUUUCUUUUUUUUUUGUACGUCUUUAAUAUGAAUACGCAAUGUUGAUUAACUUGUCGUUUAGAUCCUAUAUAAUUGAAAUGACAAAAUAAAAAGUAUCAUUUAUACCCCAAACUUAAAAUUCGAAUCGUUCGUUAAAAGGACGUUAUAUCCGCAUCUACUGUCUCAGUCCAACUACCGGUAACCUAACCAUGCUGAUGCAGAAUAAGUGAAACUAGCUUAAUUUUGAUUUUAGAAUAAAAGUGCCUAUUAUGAAAUUUAUAGAGAACAAUAUUUUAGAGGGAAUGUCAAAGGGUUUUUGUAUUAUUCAAAAUAUUCAGCUUGAUAUAAAAGAUACAUAAACCUAAAUUUUUUUUUAAUUUUUUAAAUAGCUGUAACUUGAAAGUUCAUAAUUCAAAAAACACCUAUAAUAUUCCCUUCAAAAUAUUAUUCUCUAUACGUUUCAUGAUAGGUACUUUUGCUCUAAAAUCGAAAUUAAACUAGUUUUACUUAUGCACGUUACCCGGUAGUUGAACUGAGACGGUAGAUACAGCGGGUAUAAUAUCCUUUUAAACAACGGCGACAGCUAUUUUGGCGCACGCGCAACGGACAAAACACGUAUUUCUCCAUCCACUAGUGGAGCCGGGUCGCUUAGACCCCUUGGCCGUGUCACCGUCGAUUUAUGCUAGUACAUUAUCUCGUUAUACUUUCAAUGUACUGUAUGUUGUGUAUUUGUUUUUCCACGGUUUUCGACGAAACACACACCACCCAGUACGUAAUACAUUUCACGCCCGGACGGGUCCCACCGGCUCGCGAUGACGGUACAAUCGGCGGCCGCGAAUCGUUCUCUCUUCUGAAAUUCUUAUAUGUUUGUGUAGGUGCCGACCUGGUGAGGCAGAAUGGGAUUACGCAACAGAUACUGGCGCAGUACCUGCAAAAGCGUCUGAACAGGGGGAGCGUCCAACAGGUCGGUCAGCAACACGCGUUCGCGGCGGCGGCUUCAGCGGCCGGUACCGAAUUGCCAUCGAACGUUCCACAGAGAAAUUCCGUCGGUAACAAUUACGUCGAGAUAGAAGACGUCGGCGGCGGCGGCGGCGGCGGCGGCAGCGACGACGGCGUUGUCGGAGACACGCAAUAUUUUAAUCAAGGUCAGCAUAUUCAACAGCGCGCCCACACGCUGCAUACAUAAGGGGCGCAUACGUUACACGAACAGUUAUUACAAGCCGCACACGAUAACAUAGUAUCUACCUCCUAUGUAUCUGUGUAGUAUAAUCGGUUAUCGUACAACGUAAAUACAGGUUGUUAAAUGACGCGUUGAAACGCGUAAACGACACGAAACUUCGCGUAUAUACGGGUGACACCGAUCUACGAACAGUGCGGUCGGCCGAUACCUGUCGUAGUCGCGCGAUUACGGCGACCGCCGUCAUUCAAAAGGGGAAACGUGAUCGGGUGGCGCCCCAGCCUUUGGCGUAAAAACGCGAAUACCGCGCCCGUCGGCAGAACGCCGCCGAGUCGACAACACGUUAUAUUUUUACCCAUACGUAAUAUGCCCCAGUACGCGUUAGUGUAGAUAACUAUUAACGGCCUUAUGAAGUCGUUAUGACUUUUAAUGUUUUGUAAAAAUAGCGAAUUGGGCGUUGGAAAGAGAAUCGCGGACUCCUGUAUUGAUUUUUAAAUUUGAGGGAGGGUUAUCCCUUACCGACGGGUCCUGUCCAUAGAUGGUGAGGUCCCAUUCCCGAAUCGGCCGAAAAGUGCUCUCGGUUAAAAACCAAUCGAUUUUCUAUCGGAUAUAGUGUCUUUUCGAUCACUAUAGCUGUUUUCGUUCGUUUACGUAGUUCCGGUAUCUCGACCGCCAUGUUAUAACUAAUUGACAAACGCACGCAUACGAACAUUUUGAACAUGAUUUUGAACAAAUUCCGUAAUUAUACAACAAGUUUGCUAUUGCGAUAACGACACGCGGAACCAAAUUCACCCGAAAGCCAAUUGUCGCGGCAGUUGAUAAAUUUGCAUGUUUUGACGUAUUCGAAAAUUUCACGGCAAGUAGUAGCGGUAAUAUUUAUUUACUCAUCUAAUGGUAAACGGACAGCAGUAAGGGCAGGGCAAAAAUCCCACGGUAAUCAUUUUGUCCGACGACAGCGUUGCAACAAACAAAUUGGUAUCACUAUAUUUGUCAGUAUUGCGCGCACAGAUAUUUGCGCUAUCAAAUAUUAUAUUCUUCAGCCACGGUUUUAUAAAUACAUAUAUUUGAUUAUAAUCAUUUCAAAUAUUUUCGUUCGACCGUGGUAAUACAAUGACUGUUGCAUUCUACAAUACGGUACUGCUGAGUGUAAUACAAUAAAAACAGUACGAUUGGUACUGUUGAUAUCUUUCAAUUGCAAUUUCAUUGUAGGUACACGACUGUCGAUUUGCAAGGAGAUCAAAGUUUUUUUUUUUUUUUUUUUUUUUUUUUUUUUUUUCAAAGUCCUUGACUUAUAUGUUACACUGUACCGAUAUAUCAUAGUGUGUACCUAUUAUUUUACUAUUUUAAAAUUUAAAAAUGUUUCAAAUUUAUCGCCUCGACCUUCGCAUAUAUACCUACAUAUAAUACAGGACACAGGUAUUAUACUAAUAUUGUUAUUAUUAUUAUUAUUUAUUACUCAGGUAUAGUAAUGCGGCUAAUGAGGUUGAAAUAUUAUUACAAAAAUGUAAUAAAUUGCGUAAAAUAGUGAAUAGGAACCCCCACGUUUGUUUACGUUACAAUCUGAAGAGAAAUUGGUGACUGAUUUAAAAACUAUCUUCAAUUUUGCAUAAUAUGAUACUUUUUUGUUUUAUACUUUUAAGAUCAUAUUAAUUUUAAAUGAUAAGAUUUCCAUUUAAAAUACUCAUUUAAAAAAUUUCAAGAUAUUAAUUUGAGUUUUCACGUACACGAGUAUGACAGUUUAGACUUUUGACCGUUUAGUUAGACAAAACUGCAAGAAUUGUGCUUCAUUUUUUUUUUUUGUAUCAAAGAUAAUGGACAAAACGUACUAUAAGUACAUUUUUUAACAAUUUACAAAAAUAAUAUCAAAUUUGUUUACUAUUUCCCAUAAAACUAUUAAUAAUAAUUUCUAUUUUCAAGUUCCCAACAUAUCCUAAUAAAGAAUCUAACAAAUCAUAGCCCGUUUUCAAAAUUUGAAUUCAUCAAACACAGUUCCUAUAAAGUCUCAUUAAGUGUCCAUUCGGGAAUUAUUGGAUUAAAACUAAUAACGUAAAAACAUUACAAGGUGUCACAAAUGUGUGAGUUCCUCUUCGUGUUUAUAUAAAUAUCAUCUGUCUGUAAAUUAUUAUUAUUACUUUUUGUACAUUUUGAAUAGAUCGUAAUUUUUCAAAUAAAACUUUUAAAAAAAAAUGUAUAUAUAUAUAUAUAUAUAUAUAUAGAAAGAGAGUAUUUUAAUUUACAUCGCAGUAAUGAUUAAUCAUUGGUAAUAAAUAGCGAUUCUGAGCAGAGUAUUCAUAGUCGUAUUUUCCCUUGUUGUCAAAGUAACCCAGAAAUCAACAAAAACUACACAAAAAUUACCAACACAAGACACCAACUAGAUCAAAAAUGCUACAAGAAAGUUCCUAUACAAUUUUUGAUUGAAGCAAGAUUUCUAGUAGAAAAGUUGUUUAUAACAGAAAUUCUAUAACAAAAUAAUUCACGCGGAAAUUAUUGGUGCGUGGUUUGUCCAAACCUAGUAAUUAUAUUUCUGGGACAGCGGACGAAUAUUGUUUUUAAUAACUUUUCUAUUAAAAUCGUGAUCCGAGCGAAGGUCAUGGACAAAAUGGCUGGACUUUGGUGUCCUUGACCAAGUUGUAUUUUUUUUUUUACCAAGAUAAUACACACGUAAAAAGUAUUGUUCCAUUAAUUUAGCUCGCGUGGACUAAUUAAAAAUAUUUAUAAAAUUUUUAAAAUAAGUACUAUGCAAGUUAUUAUAGUAUAAGUUUUUUACAGUGGUCUGUAGAAACGCAAUAAAAGCGCCUGCCAAAAAAUAUACAUAACACUCAUUAUUCGAAUUUCGCAACGAUAAAUUAUUGUCAAGGAAAAACAUUUCAGAGUGAAGUUCAGUUAAAACAUGCCUGUUUUGACAUUUUUUACGGUUUAAAUUUGAACUUAAAACGCUUCUAAAAAAAAUAUUACAUUCCCUUUAAUUUCAUUAUAUUACUAAGUACAACUUUUCUACUCAGCCAAAAGAAUUCUAUCCAUAUCAAACCAAAUAAAACCUAAAAAAUCUUUCGGAUUUCAAAUGUCUGGCUCAAAAAUGAGUUUGAACAAGAAAAAUACUAAUAUACAAGCAUUCAAAUGUUAAGUCUGUGCGAUUGUUUUCAACCGAAACACAACUAAAAAUCCAAAUUCGAAAAUUACAGAAAUCGUAAUUGUGUACAUUUUAUCGGUUUCCCUAAUUACUGCAAAGAGAAAAUUAAACAAGGAAAAUUUUAAAAAUGACUUUCGAAUUACACCAUUUUGACGAAAAUUGCUUUUGGAAAAGAUAGUAUACUUGAAGAACGAAGUAACAUUUCCGACUGAAAAAAAAAUUGUUCACGAACGGGAAAAAAAACACAUACAGUGCAAUCAACAAUUUGCAUUCUUGGCGAUUCAUUCGGAAUCUAAAACGGAUUUGCUGAAAAUUUAUACUUAUAGCGAUGAAUCGAUAAUUUUCGGUCUCGCCGUCGGUUCGUUGAUUUCGCCCAUCCGGCUAUAAUACAUAAAUCGAAUCAUAUUAUUAUUAUUAUUAUUGUUAGUUAGGUAUUAUUUUUUUUUUUUUUAAAUUUAUAUUUAUUUUACGUUUUAAUAUCCGUUAAUAUCCGUUUGUAAAAAAAACCUGCUCGUAAAACACGCGUUCGGAAACAUCGUAUACACUUAUAGAGACGAUGGUCUCACCAGAGCGGGUAUAAAUACCACUUAAGUAUGUAUGCACCGGGCAGAGACAUCGGGACAUUUAUAUGAUAAUAUUGUGUAACGUUGUAUGCAGUGCGAACAGUGGCAACAUGCAUGUACGCGAGUACGGGAUAUUCUGAAAAACCACAAAAGAACCACGACAAGAGUGUGGAUAUUGUGUCGUAUGGCGUUGAAUGCCGAUCGUUUUUAUUAUAAUUUUUUAAUUGCGUAUACGUGCCGAGCGUAAUAUCGAUACCUUAUUUAUAUUAGUACGUAGGGGCUGUUUUAGGCACGGCAUUACGGCGUCCUUCCUAUACGCAACAUGAACGAAAAACGCGCGUUCAAUGUCAGAAUUUUUAACAACCGUAUACGUCCUAAUUGUUAUUUCGGUUAACAGACGGCGACGAUAGUAUAGAUUUUUAUCGGGUUUUUUACUAUACUAUAACAAUAACGAUGGUAAUAUCAUUACGAUCGUAUAAUGCGAAAAUAUAAUAUUAUAACUCCGUUGGGAAUUUCGUAAUUCACCGAAUAGUUGGACGUAUUGUCCGACAUUUUGUAAUAAUAAUAACACUAUAUAGUACACAUUACCAUUUGUACAUUUUUGUAAUACCGCCGAUACACACGCAGAUAACGGCAUUUCAAGUUUACAAACCGUUUUCGUAUAUCCUGUACAGUAUCUUACUGCAUCAAAUACGGCUUAUUUAUUUUUCAAUCAAAAUUUCUUGCGCAAUUUUAACAUAGUUCAUAUUUGUGUAAAAAAUUGCACACAAAAAACAUACAAUACACGAUUGUAAUAUUUAAUACUCUGUAGCUCACUCUAUUGUAAUAUUUAUCGUGGCAAUGUUGAAUAUAUACAUAAGAUAUUGGAACAUCUAUUGCCCGGUAAAAUAUUAUUAUUUGUGUAUAGCGACCACCGGUCUACCGCAUAAUAUUAUCGUCAAGACAUUUUCGACUGAACGACAAUUACCAUACAAUAUAAUACGCAACUGUGCAAUUUUCGUUUUACAAAAAAACUCUCAAACUCAUACACGUAAUUAUAAUGUAACGGAUCUGUUUCAGUAGCGCCGAACAGUAAUCUGAUCGUAAUUUAACUUUCCCAAAUUAAUUUCCAUUAAAUUUUAACUUUUAUAAUUGUGCAAUACAUCAAACCUAUCAGUUUCGAGGACGCUGAACCCAAAUUUCGUAUUUGGUAUGCGUCUGGAGCCACCCCUCCUCCCCAAUAAAGAUCGAAAGCCUCGUAGAUCACAUAUAUUUAACAUUAUAGGUGGGGCUCAAGCCUCCCCCUCAAGGUUUAUAUGCUAAUUGCGUUACUAGUUGGGAGAUAUAUAAUUUUUAAACUUUUACAUCAUUUGUAUUUUUCACACAAAUGUAUUUAUUUUGAAGGUCGCCGAACUCAAAUUUUGUAUCGAAUUUAAAUUAACUCUUAAAUUUCCCCUAAAUAAUAAUGAAGUAUAAGUAGGUAAUGUUAAUACAAUACAUCCGAAAUUUAAAAUUCUGCUACACUAUACAAAUAUAGUUUAAGCGCUGCUAUUAUUAAUAUUAUUUCGUAAUUUAGUCAUCAGAUUUCGAUUUAGAAUAAUUUAAACUUGAUUUAUCCAUGCAAUGCUAAUAAUUUCUUCGCCUCACUUAACAAUUCGGAAUUUGUCUUUGUUUUAAUAUGUCGAUGACUUGACAUUACUGGAUCCGAGGAUAUCAGAAUAAGCACGUAGAGAAGAUCAUUGUGUGUAUUAUUUAGUAGAUUCUUUUUUCUUGUGUGAUGUUGCCGAUAGCUAGUAUUUAAUCUUUAUUUCGACGUUAUUGCGCUUCUUCUGACAAUUGACCUUAAAUAUAAUAAACAUGAUAUAUCUUCAGUAUUUUAAAAUAUUAAAACGUAAUUUGCAUAAUGACUAAAACACAGACCUAUUGGAAAAAAUUCAUGUUGAAUAACAUCUUUUCUAUGAAUCAAAUUUAUACGAACACUGGCAGGCAUAUAAAACCUUGGAUAAAUUCGUACAAAACGUUGGGCGGUUUCUAAACGGUAAAUUAAUUUUAAACGAAUUGACAGCUAUUUCACGACCACUCGAUGCCACUGAUAGUAUAAUAUCAAAUCGUUAAAACCAAUAUAAUUCAAUACCUACCGGUAGUUGAAAAUGGUUUGUCUGCAUUUAUAAAAAGUCUCCGAGCCGCAUUCUCAUCGUUUGUCAUCCCAUGAUGGCCUGUAAACAGUGUUGAAUUCAGAGAAUUUUUCUGGGGAUGGAUCCCUUUGUUUUUAUUGGUCAUUUCUAUGUAAAUCGGGAAGAGUAACGAGUACUGUAAUUUUAAUGAUUACAUUUUGUUGACAGUUUUUGUACUUAUCAGGAAAGGGGGGGGGAGCGAAUGAAAUUCUAUUAUUUGCGCUCCUGGAGUAUACUUGGAUUCAACACUGCCUGUAAAUAUAUAAGUAAAAACAUAUGUAAGUUAUUUACAGGUAGGCAGUAGACGCAUAUUUUGUAUUUAAUACGGGUGCCUUACAAUACGUAAUUUGUGCGAUCCCGCGAAAAUUAUAAUUACCCAGUAAAAGAAGAAAAAAUUGAACGCUUAUACCAGUCAGGUACAUCAGUAAACAGUAAUAAUUUCUAUGCGAAAUGUAAUAAUACUAGCUUAAUGCGUCGGAAUAGAAUCAGAGAACCGCGUAUCGACCAAAUGCAAAUUUUUCUGGAAAAAUAAAAAUAGAAUACAUUUGUAUUGAAUCGAUUAAUAAAAACUGAAAUGGUUAAAAUCGGUCAGUAUAACGUUUAUGAAAAAUACAAUCCGUUUUUGGGUCAUACGCACUCUUAGCAGACGAAUAGGGGGGGUCGGUAAUUAAAUUCUAUUUCCGUAGAUACGUACAACGUAGGUAAAUAAUAAUAUAAUUUCUUUCUCGGUGAAUAAUAUAAUAUCUAAUACGAUUAAUGUAUCUCGUGUUAGAUGAACAAUCAAACCGCUGGUACACUUAAUAAUAGUAUCACAACAAAAAUCCCCGGUCCAAAAUAUCAUCCGGAAAAAUUGAAAUAGAGUUAGGUGCCACAAUGCGCCAAGUACGAGCCGUGUCCCGCAAUAUAGUAAUAACUGUAGCACAAAAACCGGACCGUACACGAUAGCGACGAUGACGGUUACUGCAAUAUAAAAUAAUACGUUAUUAUGGUAACAACACUCCAAUACUACAAAACCGAAAGUCACCUGACAUAACAUUAAUAUUAAUAAGAUGUGUUAGGUUAUUCAAUAUAAUAAUAUAAACUAGAAAAAAAAAAAAAUAAAUACACUUUAUCGAUAUAUAUCGUGUUAAAGUUGUUUUUAUAUUUUUAGUUCGGUGUUUUCCUAUUCGGUACAUACCUCCAUUAUAUAAUUAUGUAGGUACGGGCAUCGUCAAAUAUUAUUAGUGUAACGAUAAUAACAGGCGUAACUCGUCAUAAUAAAACGUAACUAGAACUCUAAUCGGGUCGCUAACCGGAGAUCUCCGGUAGAGUAUGUAUCAGCACCACUUCCUAUUCUCCACAUUCCUUCUCAUCGGGCACGUACCUACUUGACGUACUUCGGGUUUAGGCACAAGUGCGCCUAAACCCGAUUCUCGUCACCACAUUUUAGUAUUAUAAAAAAUUAAAAAAAAUGAUUUAUUUAAUCGGUAUGAAAAUUAAUAAUUAAAAAAUACGUAUUCGAAAAUCAAUUCGGAUCGAACUACUCGGUGAAAAAAAAAAUGGAAAUUGCGAUACAUCAAAUCAUCUAUACAAUUGAAAUCAAAUGAAAUUUCCAAUUGCCUAUAAUAUGCAGAAGAUAUUUUAACACGCGAUGACACCGGUUCAACAAUGUCACUGAAUUUCCUUUACGCGUAUUGCUUUGUUUUCAAAGGUCUCAAACUUCAAAAAUCCCGAGGGCAAUGUUUUAUUUUUAAUUGCGUUUUACAAUGAUCUUUUUGUUAAACUGUUAACGUACCUAUCUACAGUAAUAUGCCAUACACGUGACCAUGAAAAAGCUAGGGGAACAUGUUCCUCUCUGGCUUGACUCCAUAUUAUAUGCGUAUAAAGGUACCUGUUUGCAUAAAACCUGACGUAUACCCACGCGUAAUAUGUUUGUGAGAUAUAUUAUUGUAAUUAUUAUUGCGGUUUUUGCAGAUCACCGUGUACGCGGAUAUUUAUAUAAUAUAUACGUUAUAAAAACGUUUUGGUUUCUCCGAGCGGCGCUAUUAAAAAUCAUAUUAAAAUAAUGAUCCACUCGUUUUUUCUCACGGCACGGGUGGAUACGUACACGACACACGUAUACAGAACGGUCGUAUUAUGCGUUUAUAAUUUUGGAACUGCGAGAUCGGUUAAAAUUCUUCCAGACGCACUAUAUACUCGUGGGUGCAGUACAUUAAUAGUUAUAUAAUUUUGUGACACGUGGAUUUAAUACUACAAUUGAUUAUGAAAAAAAAAAAAAAAAAUGAAUAAUAAUAAUAGAAAAUAUCCCGUUGUCUUCUAAAAAGAGCUAAAAUACAAAUGUUCGGUAAAAGUAUCGGCAACAAAAAGACAAAAUCGAAAAUAACAAAAGCCGUGUUAUUGUGUAAAUUUAUCCGUUUUAACAACUAUACCUAUUUGGAAAAUUACGAAGAAAAUCAAAAACUGACCUUCCCAAUGCAUUAACUAAACAAAAUUGCCUAUUUCGUGUUUAGCAGUCAAGUAGAAUAAGAGUAUACAGUAAAAAAAUAAUGCGUGUCGAGAAAAUACGUCCGCGUCUAUUAUUAUUCUACGAGGUAUAAUCUUCCCGCAUUGUUUUUUGUUUUUAACAAAGUAUACUGACACGCAAUAAUUAUAAGCAACUGUAACCUAUUCAUGCAAAGUCGGAAACCAUAACAUCCUACUCGGUAUAGUUUUCACACCGAGUUAGGUAGGUAGAUAGGUAGGUAAGUAAUAAGUUAAAAAAAAAAAAGAGCUGAUACUGGGGAUGGGAGCGACCACUGUUGUAGUUGAGAAUUUGGGAAGGUAGGAUACAUAGGGUUAUUUCAUUUAUAUCUGUAAGCAACGGUAAACUAUUACUUGACGAAAGACGAUUCCGAGUGCAGUCAGUAAUACAUAAUUUUUGCAAUCUUAUAGACCUAUAUUUUGCCCCUCCCACUUGACAAUAUUUUUCGUCUACAUUAUCCAACUACUUACUCGACUUAUUUUUACUCUUAUCACGUGCUAUACCAACUGUUCCCACAUCGUUAUUCAUAUACCUGUAAUUAUUAAAUAAUCAUUCUACAAUAAUAAAAUUCAGGACCAAAACGGAACUCUGUAUGCACCUAACCUGUUGGUAUUUUGCCCACUCCCGACUCUUGUGACCAUUGAUAACAUGUGUGAUAACUAGCGUAUGUCACACUGGCUAAUACGAUUCCUCACACAAAGUCUACGACUACCUAUAACGCCCACCCCGCGAUAACCGCUGAUGACGGAUGUAUGUAUGUAUUUAUACCGUUCUCGAGUACCUACUCGUUAACGUUAUUGUAUGUAAUAUUGUUUUAUGACAUUUUUCGUUUUACAAAUAUUAUUUCUGUGCGCGCGCGCGAGUUACCGCGCCCGCUGAUCAUCUACCCGUACCCGUUGCCGCAGCUAAAUAUCACUUAUACAACGAAAUAUUAUCGUGCGAGUGUACACAUUUUAAUAAACUGUUAUUAUUAUUCUUCCUAAUAAUAUUUUUUUUUCAAAACAUUAUUAUUCGAUGAUAUAUAUAUUUUGCCAACACAUUAGUGUAUAUAUUAAAUAUUCAAUUGACAUUUCAAUGGUUUUCUUAAGUGUGCUAUUGAUAAAUAGAUGAAUAAAUGUACAGAUGGUACAGCAUCAACAUUAAGUUUUUGUGAACUUUUCGAUGAAUAAUAUCCCACCAUUUUUUGAAUUAACAGCUUAAAUGGUCACUACUAUAAAAAUGUCAAGAACAUGUUUUUUCUGAAUAGUUAGUUACACAAAUAUAAUAUAAAUAGAAGAGUAAAAAAAUUAUUAUAUAUUAAAUAUUAUCUACUCACCAGUAUUAUAUACGUUUAUACUAUCAGCUCGUCCACAUGAUUUAACCUACUUCUUCUGUACACUUCCUUUUUUCAAGAGACUCAGAUCCCUUACAAGUUACUACUGCACAUUUAAGCAUAUUAGGAAUCAAUGGAUUUAUUGGUACAAUAAAUAAAAUAAAACAACUUGACAAUUAAAAGGAAUACAAUGUAUAUUUUAAAAAUAAUAAAACCAAUAAAAAAUAAUUAUACCAUGAGUAAGACGAAUAUCGGAAUCAUUAUCCGUGUCCCAGUCGCAGCAGCAAGUCGUCUAACAGUGCCAAUUACUCCGACUGUACGUUUUUACAAAGCGUUUUUAAAAAAAUGUUUACAAAUAUUUCAUGGUUGUAUGGCUGUUUUAAACGAAACAAACGUAGAUGCAAGCAAGAAACAAGUAUACGAAUACAUUGCACAAGCAUCGCCAGCGGACCCAAUCGAUUGCAAUGACUGUACUCUGAGCUUCACAGAACGUAAGUUCGUGAAUAUAGGCAUCGACCCGACAGACAUGUUCGCCAUCAAAAUACAAAUAAAGACUUCGUCGCGGUACGUUAAUAUAACGGCAUAUACUCCACCUCGUAUAUUUUCACUGAUGGAAGGGAUCCUGUCAACCGUACUCGACGCACCGAAAACAAGUCGCAUAUAUUUCUGGCAACCGCGAUGUUCGAGUUAUCGAGUGUGAUGUACAAAUAGGAAAACGUCCUAGUGGUGGAAUCAAAAACCGUGACCGGCUGCCGCAUCCGGUUAAAUAGACGGGAUUUAUUCGCACUUCAAAAUUUGGAACGGUGCAUUUUCGAGACGAUCGCGCGGAAAACCGCUAAAAUGCCCGUAGCAUUUGUUAGAAUUGUAAGACACCCGAUAUUAUAAUGUGAGAACGUGUACUCUAUAAGGCGCAAAAUGGACACGGUGACGUUAAGUAUCUGUUGAGUUUUGAACUGCCGGGAUUUUUAACGCGUCCCGAAAUAUACUGUAAACGUAAAAUGUUACGUUAUAAUUUCCGCCCAAAUAAGUUUUAUUAAAAUAAUCAAACUGUAAUAAUAUGUAUUAUUAUUACGUAGUUACCUACCUGUAAUACUCAGUACCUACUCGUAGGUACAUGAUAUUAUAAAUUAUAGACGUCGUAAAACGUUCAUAAACAAAUUACUAAACCAAAAUAUUUUCUCGAAUAAUAAACUGAAAACCGGUUGCGUUUGGUAAAAUCUCUAGAUAAAUCUAGUGGCCGACCUUGCAAAAUUUACUAAACUCACGACGAACAUUUUUGUAACGCAAUGCACUGCAUCGCGUACUUGUGUACACCAAAACCUGUAUUUGGAUCGCGGAUAUCUUAAUUCUUGAUUGGAACGCGCGACUUGCAGGACGUGUACCCACACUCGUAAAUACGUCCACUCAGGUCGAACACACAGGUACCUGCAUAAUAAAUCGAAAUAAUUAUCGUUAAGUGAAAUUUAAAUAAUUAUAAUAUUACAUAUAAAUCUUCCGACAGUCCGUGACGGGAGGUACACGACUGCGACCAGAGUGUGGAUAGCUUCGGAAUAAUAUCAAUUCGAUCCGUACGUUAGGUUUCGAUUAAAAUAAAUUCGGAAGGUCAAUUAUAAACCUUGAACCGCCGCCGCACGAUAGGUCGAUAGCCGAUAGUAUUCUGCUCGAAGGGCAGAAGCCAAAAAUCAUUAGAUUAAUUAUAAGUAUACCCACCUACCUAAUAUAAUAUUAUCUAAAAUUUAAAAAGAAAAUAAUAAACCCGAAACAUGAAAAUGAUUAAAAGAAAACUAAGAAGAAAAUUUAUUGAAAACCAUUAUUAUUGGCACGAAUGCGAAAAAAAAAAAACGAUAAAAAAAGGCGAGCAUUUCUGAUAGUUUAAAAAAUUAGUAUUGCAGCGAUGGCCGAUGAAUAUAUGAUAUUAUCAUAAGUGUCUACUACAAGUAGCUCAUAUGAAUUUAUAAUACCUACUAUUAAUACUAACGAAAUUAAUUUUUAAAAUAAUAUAUUAGGCUGUAAAAGCGGAUCUAGCAUCAAUUUACGAUCAGAGCACAUUUUUAUUCCAGACAUUUAUGAUAUUGUACUCUGCGUUUAUUAGUGCGUUAUACGUGCGUUUUCAUUUCGGACUGCAUUGUAGAAUUUAAUGUAAAAAAAAAAAAAAAUAGUUAAUACUGAUACUGCUGAUUGCCAAUAGAUGCACAGUUGUUGUAGGUGGGAAGAUGUGAAUGUAAGAUACAAAAGUUAUUUAAUUUAUUUCUAUAUAACCAAUAAAUAACCCAUGAAUCGUACGAAAAACUAUUCUGAGCGAAGUUUGUUUAUAUAUGAACGCUAUAAUAUUUAAAAUUUUCAUCAAAAUUUGAUUUUGAAAUCAUUACCUACAAUACACUAUACAUUUUUUUUACUAUUAAAUACAACUUAUAAUAAACCUCCUGUUCAAUUUCCAAGCAUUUAUGUUUGGUUAAACAAUGAUAUCCACUUAGUGCCUACCAGAUAAAAACUACCUGCGUAAAAUAAUAGUAAAUAUAAAAUGUUUUAAAUAUUUUACCACGUCUAGAAAGAGCAAAUAUAAGUUCUCUGUCAAAAUUUCAAGUCUCUAUGAAUAUUUUUAACUGAAUUAUAAUAAAACAGACACACAUACUUUGCACGAACUCAUGGGGUGGACCACUGUUGUAGGUUAGAAGUUAGGAAGGUAGUAUAAAGAGCGGAAUUUAAUGUAUAUCACAAAGAUUAAUCAUUAUUAACAAAAGACGAUUCUGAGUAGAUUUCGGUUAUACUUAUACAUGUUUUGUAAGGCCGUAUAGUAAUGAUUUUCGCCAGCAUUUGGUAUUAAAAUUCUUAAAAAAAAGAAUUUUUACAUAAGUCAAUUUUUUGUUUUUUUUUUUCAAUAAUACAAAAUAUGAACUUCCAGUUAAAUUUCCAAGCAUUUCUGUUUGGCAUAACAAUUUUAUCCACAGAGUAAAUACCUACCAAAUAAAAACUAUGCAAAAAACUCGCAAAAUGAUGUCUAAAAAUAGCCCAAAAAUGGCUCAAAUGUUUUGAAAGUUGUAACACGUCUACAGAAAUAGCAAAGUAGCAAGUAGAUACAAUUUUCUGUCAGGAAAGGUGCUACACUAUCAAAGCGAGAUUUCUGGUAGAAAAGUUGUUCACAGAUAAAAAAAUGUUGUCCUAAAAUAAUGGGGACGGGUGCAGCCACUAAACCAUUGUUAACGAAAAAACGAUUCUGAGCGGAGCUUAGUUGAUAGUGCUAUUGCUUUGUCAAUAAUAUAUAAUAUUUCAUAUUAUGGUAAAAUAAUUACUAAUGCAUUAAACAUUUUCUUUAAUAGUAUUUGUUUAAUAUUAUACCUAUUUUCCCAUUUUAUGAAUAGACAAUCCUUCGUUAAUAAUUUGUUUAGGUAAACAACCACAAUCUAAAGACCGUUAAUAAUCACAUUUGAAUUUUGAACUUUUUUUAUAGCUAAAAAAAUUAUACAUUUUUUUAUUUUUGUUGUAGCGGGAGAAUGUAGCAAUAACAAUUGCGCCGAAGACAGUAGUAGCGUUCCCGUUAACAGGUGGUCAAUGCCGCUUUUACGAUCGGGUGAUAAGCGACUCUACUUGGGAAUCUUUUUCAAGGUAGGUGCAUUAACGUACAGAACUGUAAACUUCAAAAAGUUUUGUAGAUGAUAAACGCGAUUAUUUUUGCACCGAUUUAGGCCAAUUGGUAUAAAGCCGCCCAGUACUGCAGAUAUCACGGAAUGCAUCUGACCAGCAUAAGCAACCAAGAAGAAAACGACAGGUUGGAAAAAUACAUCAAGGAUUAUGGUGAGAAAUUCACGGAUAAUAUAAACAAUUAUUCGCUCUACCAAAUAUGUAUAAAACAAUAUUUUUUUACAUGUCUGUGUGCGCUAUAUGCAUAUCCUUAUUCAUGUCUUUAUCUACUCCGUAUGUGUCCUUAAUAAUGAUUUAAUCCUUCGAUUAGGUAUUUUUUUGUUUAAAAUUUACAGAACCAUACAAAUAUAAAAUACGAGGAGAGAUAAGAUAUUAAGAACCCUCCAAGUGAUUAUGUCACGGACAUCUAUUAUGAAUUGUUUAUUAUAGGUUUGGGACACGAACACUUUUGGACAUCCGGCACUGAUCAGGCAGAGGAAGGCUCGUUCUUUUGGUUGGCUAAUGGUCGACCAAUCGGAUUCACUAACUGGAACGCUGGCGAACCGAACAAUUUCAAAUACGAAAAUGGAGAGGAAGAGCAUUGCUUAGAGUUGUGGAACCGAGACGGCAAAGGGCUCAAAUGGAAUGAUUCACCGUGCUCGUUCGAAACGUUUUUCGUGUGUGAAAUGUAA